CUCUCGCCGUCCUCGGGCCACUCUCGCUCGCCACUCGCUCGCUUGAGUCGAACUACGAGUCGGUUCUGUAUUCCUCGCUCAUUCAUUGACGUGGCAAGCGAAUCUGCUGUUCUCGGGGCUUGUGAUUUGAGGUUUCAGUCUCGUCGUCCUCGUCGGCGGAGAAAUAAACAAAAACAAAAACAUAAAAAAAGCAAUAGAAAAAAACAUUUACUAUUCCUUUCUCGUUUUCGGUCAAGGAAGAAAACCCUCGUAUUGUUUUCUUUCGGCUUGUGUUUUGUAAGGGGAAGCGUUCGUGUAAGGAAGGCAGAGGACGGGUUCCAUCCGCUUGCAUACGAGUGUUUAGCCGAACUGUUGUGAGAAUCCCCGUGUGACCGCUCAUCCCAUUUUAAUAUUUAUUUUUGAAACGUCCCAGGAGUGGAUUCCUCUUGUGUGCCAUACGAGCAUCACUUGUGUCUGUGUGUGUGUUUCCCCCUCACUUUUUCCUCCCCCCUUUCAUUACAACGUAAACGAGAAAACGCUAAAAGAUCGACCAGGACGCCGGCAUGACCGCCAUGGAGCAAGAACAAGGAACUGGCUAUGCAUCUGAAGGAGAGCAACAUACCCAGGGGAGGCGGCGUGCUGUCCCUUGAGCCUUCUGAAGACAUCAAUAGAAACGCACGGUCGAGUAGUGGCAGCACAAGCCUGUCUGAGAAGCAUAUCUUCAACAACAACAACAACAACAACAAUACACUGGUCAACAACAACAACAUCAAUACUGCAGUCUGCGACAAGGAUAAUCAACCGGUUCUCAUUAUUGGCACAGCUGGAACGAAGAGUAGCCCGACAGACAGCCAGGUGGUGACACCGUGCCAGCUGGGUGCCAGAGAUGGCAUGAGUCACCCGUCACCCACUUCUUCGCUACCGGACCUCUCAGAGAACGGGAGUUGUGGCAGCGACCGCCUUCACCAUCCGUCGAUCUCCUCCGGGGGACCUAACCACCUGCGCCACAUCAGGUCCUCCUCCAACUGCUCUCUCUCAUCCAUUGACAACGACGAGUCUGACCUCGAGUCGUUCAGCUCGCUCGAGGUCGACAUCCCCCGGGGCGACGCCCAGGACUCGAAGCUCGCCAAGGAGAGGGACUCGAGGAGCCUCUUAGACUUCGAGGUGCUGGGCUACCACUCACGCCGGCCGAGCUCCUCUUCGUGCGGGUUCCAGGAGGCCGAGGCGUGGCCAGGGGACGGUCUGACGCAGCUCAGCCCCCAGUGUAAUGACCUCAGCCCCGACAAGAACACCACCAACAACAACAUCAAUGAACUAGCGAGCAGCGGGGCGUUCGUGAAGUCGUUCUACGAUAAGCCCAAGCUCCAGCUCAGCCCCGACGCGUAUGUGAACAACCGGGCCGGAGACGACAAUGGCAACGUAGCCUCUCCUGACGGGAAAAGCGCCGCCGGGGAAAUAUGUAACUCCUGCCCCUCCAGCCCUGACUCGCCCGGAUACGUAUCCGAAGACGAGAACCCCUCUGACAUCGAGCAGAAAAUGGCAGAGACCAAAGUGAAGAUGAACGAUGCAAUUCUGUCCAACGGGAAGGAGGAACUAGCACUCCACAGCCGGAAGAUGAAGCACUACAUCAAGCACAAGGAGCUGAAGGAGAGCUGCGGCGCUGCGGCCAACCUCAAGCACACCAACAACAACGCCCUCAAGCAGCCCAACUCGCUCAAGCUGCCCGACACCAACGACGGCGACAACCGCUACACGCAGGUGCCCGAGAGCCCCAUCGUGGACGCCUACGAGAAGGAGUGCCUCGACGUGCCCGAGAAGAUGGUGCGCGAGCUGGAGAACCAGGCCAAGGAGAGCGCGGAGAUCGGAGCCGGAGACGACUUCAUCCCCUGCAAGAAGGAGAAGAUGGAGAUCAAUGAACACAAGAAGUGCCGCACGGACGAGAAUGAUAACGACGACUCGGAUCCCGUCACGCCCACGGUCCAGACGCCCGUCAAGAGACCCGAAGGCGAAGGCAACAAGGAGAACGCAGCGCCACCUCCCUCGCUCACAGCGCCUCCUGCAGAGAAGCCGAGCCUGGCCCGUGUGACGUUCAGCGGCGUGGACGAGGUGGUUGUCCGCAGGCAUGACAGCCCUCAGCGCCGCAGGGAGAAGGCCGCCUUCCGCAAGUCCGUCCCGCAAGCGUCCUGCGGUUCCUCGGCCAGGGCUAAGCUCGGCUCUCCUGAUGGGGGAGAGUUCGAUGUGUACACCAUGGAGACGGCGAUGCCCAAGAUCGACUGGGACGCCAUCGAGGCCCACCUCAAGGCCACGAAGGAGGAGGAACGGCGGCGGCGCAAUGACCGAGAGGAGAUUCGGCGAAAACUGGCCAUGGGGGUGGAUGACGACCAGUUCAUGGAGAGGCCAUAUCGCAAGCCAUCACUACAUUCCCGUUUACAGAGUGGUAUGAACCUACAAAUAUGUUUCAUGAAUGAGACAGCCAGUGACUGUGAAAGCCAAUGCUCAGACACAGAAAGUACUCAAGAUAGAGAAAUAGAAACAGAUCGGGUCUCGACCACAUCUUCAAACAGCAAGGCUUCAACUCCACAACCAACAAGGACUCGGACGUCAAACUCUGAAUCUGAUAUUAGGGAGAAGGAGGUUGAUUUCUUCGCACGGCAAGCACAGCUGCAAGCAGAGGCUCGCUUGGCGCUUGCACAGGCAAAGGAAAUGGCCAGAAUGCAAAUGGAGAUUGAGAAGCAGCAGAAAAAGAAGAGUCCCAUUGCAGAGAUUGUGAGGGAGAGCUUCCACAAGAUUGGUGUGCCAUUCCCAGACAGCAAGAGGCGAAUCAGCAGGCAGAUUCUCACAGAUAUGAAUGUUGCACAGUUGCAAGUUAUUGCAAAUGACCUACACACACAAAUUGAAAGCUUGAAUGAAGAUUUAGUCACUUUACUGAUGGAGCGAGAUGACCUGCACAUGGAGCAAGACUCUAUGUUGGUUGAUAUUGAAGAUCUAACCAAACACAUUGGCGCCAAGGAGCUGAGCCUCCAGCGAUCAACAGACAGCAAGGAUGAAACAAAGACGUCCUGGACCACAAGCCCAGCCCCAAGAAACAAAUCUAAUUCGAUGAGACUAAAGAUUAAGAAGUAGUUUGAUGGUCCACCAGCCUAGCCGGUGGCAGCAUAGGCAGGUUAUUCAAUUCCUAUAUGUCAGUGUACUGAUCAACUAGCCAUUAUUAGCUUGGUGGGUUGUCCACAGAGAGAAAGGGAAAUAGUACUCAUGAAUAGUGAGAUUGAAAUAACCAUCGUCUACUGUGCUAGUUCUAGAGUUUGGACUGUCAGAGAUUUUAUCAUUGAACAGGGGGAUGAUUUCAACAGUCAUUUUCACAAAAGUGAGUGAAUGAUCCCAGUAAUAUUAAUAUGAUAGUUAUUUUAUAAAAAGUUUAAUCGCUACUAUAUCAUCCAACUGAUUAACUUUGAGCAGCUGUAUCUUUUGUAUUCAAAGUUUUCUAUUUGUUGAAUAGGUUUUCCUUCUGGCAAGUGGUUACUAGUUUGCAGGGUUAUAUAUAUAUAUA